AUGUCGUCUCAAGAAUUCUUCGUACCAUCAACCGAUGUUAUGACAUCGAUUGUACUUCCAACUAUUAUUUUUUGUAUAGGAAUGGUUGCCGCAAUGCUGGUGAGCAAGUUCUUAUAUCAAUUUUCUGUGUAAUUUUUUUUUCAUUUUCAGUUAGGAAUAAAUAAAUGCAAACAAUGGGAGUUGGACAAAGUUGUCGAAAUGCGACGAACAAGAAGAGUUUUGCAAAGGGUAACAAAUCGAUUGAGAGAGAAAAACUUCAAAACGAUACAAAGUGAGUUUCAUUUAAUUGUUGUGUUAAAUAUAUAUUGAUGAAUUUUCAGAAGCCAGAACAAUUCGAAAACGCGCAGCAUCUAGUAAAUCAAAUAAUUCAACGACCAAAGAGUUUUCACCACCGGCAUAUGCGCAAACAACUCCAGAUGCACCAUGUGGAUAUUCUCCUCCUCCUUCUUACGAAGAUACUCUUCUCGAAGAAUAUUAUAAAGAAUGUCAUCCAAGUCGUCGUUCAAAUCCAGUUCCAGAUUCUCCAAGACGUUAUGCUACAAGAACUCGAGCAAAUGCAAUUCGUCGAACCAGUCGUCCAAGUAGCACACGGAAAGGAUCUCUUCAAAUUGUAUAA